AUGCUGCCCGCUCUCGCGAUCUCGGUGUUCUACAUCGCGACAUGGGCAUUCGCGCUGAACGAUCCGUUAUCAGAUUUACCCAGAUUCGGCAAACCGUUGAACAAUCUCACAGUCUCUGUGGGUCGCGAGGCCAUUUUCGUCUGCGUCGUCGAGGACCUCGGACCGUACAAGGUAGCGUGGCUACGAGUCGAUACGCAGACGAUUCUAACGAUAGCGAAUCACGUUAUCACGAAGAAUCAUCGGAUCGCAGUGACGCACAGCGGCCAUCGGAUAUGGUCCCUGCACAUAAAAGAGACGCGUCAGACUGACAGCGGUUGGUACAUGUGCCAGGUCAAUACUGACCCAAUGUCCAGCAUCACUGGAUUUCUCGAAGUUGUUGUGCCGCCGGAUAUCCUGGACUACCCCACGAGCACGGACAUGGUGGUGCGGGAAAACACCAACGUGACGUUACGGUGCGCGGCGACCGGAACACCGGAGCCAACAGUCACGUGGCGUCGCGAGAAGGGUACGAUCAUGUCAAACUGGCGCGAGGUAACGAGCUUCGAGGGCCCGGAGUUGGAAAUAACACGCAUCACGCGUCUCCAUAUGGGACCGUAUUUCUGCAUCGCGUCCAACGGAGUGCCACCGACAGUCAGCAAGCGAAUCCUCCUCACCGUUCACUUUCCGCCCAUGGUUAAAGUUGAGAAUCAGUUGGUUGGUGCUUACGAAGGACAAACUGUCACGUUGGAAUGCGAUAUCGAGGCUCAUCCCAGCCCCAUCACUUACUGGGCAAAGCCGACGACGAACGAGACUAUCACUAACGACGAGAAUUAUAAAGUCGAAACGUAUUCUAAGGGAUUGUACGCGUUAAAGAUGAAGCUCAUCAUAAAAUCCGUACGAGAACUGGAUUUCGGAGAGUUUCGAUGUCUAGCAACGAAUUCUAUCGGCAUAACCGAUGGGAGAAUCAACGUUUACAAGAUGGAUAAGCCGCAAACGACGCAUAAACCAGGCGGUAGACGGGAAUCGAAAAAGAUGUGGAAGGUCGAUUACAACCACGAAAAGAAAGCGGCCGGUAUGAAGGAAGAAUCGAUGCUGAAAGGUGACGAUAACGAGGACGAUCAGAUUGAUUUUCAGUCGGCGAGGGCAUCGUCGACGUUCCAUCGUCACUUGCUUACGAAUUUCGGGAUAACCGCCUUAACCGCAAUACUGGCCAGCGGUUUAUCCACGUAGACGUUAAUGUUGGCGUAACACAGAAAGCGCGUCCAGAACCUAAACAUUACAUGUGGACGGAGAGCUUCACGACAAAGGAAUUUUGAUAACGAAUCACGUUACGAAGAGUCGCUACACUUCUCCGUAAAAAAAAGAUCUCUUCUUGUUGUACAUGAAAAAUUUACAUAAAGUGUAUGUAGUAGACUGAGGAGCUGUUUUUACAUGGAGACAUCGGAGGUCUGAAGUAUCUCGGCUGAUCAGAUCAGAGUGACCGAGGUACUUCGUAAAGAGCGUAAUUAACACAUCGCAAGCCGAACUGUGUACUAAUAGAUUUUCCUCUCUUUCUCUCUUUCUCUCUCUCUCUCUCUCUCUCUCUCUCGUUAAAGACGUAGAAAGCCACCAAUCUAUUAGCUCCUUUACACUGAGGGCACUAGCGUAGCUGGCUUUUACCGUUUCCAUUCCAACCGAGGUAACCUUGUUGACCUCGCCAUCACUUAACGCUGAAGAAGAAAGUCUGUAGAUUCAGCAAAGAGAGAGGGAAAAUACAUAUUAUUUGUGGCCGCGCACACUUUCGGAUAAGUUGUUAAAUCAAAUAUUGAUAGUAGGGCAAAAGUUAUAUUUAAAUUCUUCCAGACAAUAGGUAUGUUUCACGUGUACGCGAAUGUAUUUUUUACUCCCGUCAUUCAACGUCAUAUGAAAUGUAUUCAAUUUAAAUGUGUUUAAAUGUUCAUGAUGAUAAAUUAUUCUGUUUUAAUUUAUUGACAUAAACAUCGAUAAAAUACGGAACUAAAACUAUAGUUUUAUCACUCCUGAUUCUCGAAAUGUGAAUAAAACGUACAUAGCUGGUGCUUUGCUAUAAUCUGAUUAUGUAAGAACGUAAGAAGAGAGAGAGAGAGAGAGAGAGAAAGAAAGAAAGAAAGAAAGAAUAAGAGUGAGUACGAAUACUCUGAAAACUUGAUUUCUUUCGUACCGACUAAGAAGAAAUUCUCCUGUAUAUAUGCAGCAAAAGUAGUAAAAAUAAUAUAUAUAUAUAUCGAUAUUUAUUUAUUAAAACAAGAUUGAUAUAACAAAUAAAAGAAACAAGGUAACUCGAGAACAUAAUAGAUGCUUGAUAAUAAUGACGUUAUUACGCUUUGUUAAUGUUGCCUCAUAAAGUAAGAUAUUUUCUGCGUACUUCCGAUAAGUUUCUUCGAGCUUAUAAAUUACGCCACUGAGAUAUCAUAUUACAAAAAAUAUAUACACAUUAUUAUAUUUAUU